ACGUCAUCGCUCGGCACUUAGAGAAGUCAGCGAUACGGGAAAACAAGAAACAAAACUCUUGGCUAAUUUCACGUUAAAAAUGAACUCUAAUAGUGAUAUGGAUGGAUCACCAGAUAUUACCGUUAAUGCGUUUGAACAGUACCUAGAUGAGUUAGAUGCACUUUUAGAAACAAAAGAACAA